AUGUAUUUUGAACAGCUCUAUCCGAACUCCCCAAACGCCACAUAUGCUUGCGAUCAGAUGCAGAGGAGGUUUUCCCCCGAGACUGUCGAUGUCGACUCGGGAUGGUCAAGCUCAUCCAGUCCCGACAGGGAGAACAUGACAGACAGCUGUUCCAGCCCAGACGCAAAGAAGACGGACUCAGAACCCCGUGUCCGACGACCCAUGAAUGCCUUCAUAGUAUGGGCCAAAGAAGAGCGGAGAAGGUUAGCCCAGCUUAACCCAGAGCUGGAGAAUACAGAUUUGAGCAAAAUACUUGGUAAAUCUUGGAAGGCUAUGUCUUUGGCUGAAAAGCGUCCCUUUAUGCAAGAAGCAGAGAGACUAAGGGUGCAGCAUAUGCAGGACCACCCCAACUACAAAUACAGGCCCCGGAGGAGAAAGCAGUUUAAGAAAACUAAGAAAACCCAGGCUUUGGAGACGGCAAGAGUAAAGAAUAACUGUGAGGAGAACAUCAGUGCCAAAUACCAUGACCUGAAUUACCUGAUCCAGAGCCAAUGUCAACAGAUCCCUCCUUACAUGCAGCUCCAAGGAGCUGGCAGUGCCUGCUUUGAGACCUAUUACCUGCCCACUCCUCAAGCGCCUCCUCAGGAAAUCAUAGAAGCCAAUACCACGUUUCUACCACCACAGGUUGACCAGUGCAAUUGGAAGCCAUAUGGAAACCAACUCAAUGCAGGCUUCUCUUUUAUGGACAGUCACCUAGAACAGUAUCAAAGGGAACUACUGGGUGACUUAGACCUCAGUGAACUGGAGCAGUAUCUUGGUCCUGCUGCUUGCAGGUUCGACUCUCUGGACACUUUCCCAGUAACAUCAGCACAUACACUGCAGAUGUUUUGA